AUGACAAAAUUGUUGAGAGUUUUAUUCAUGCAUGAUCUCAACCGCGGCUUUGAUAUCAAGGACCUUGGUGCUCUCCACUACUUUCUUGGCUUGCAGGUGUCCUCAUCAUCUACAGGUCUCCAUAUUGAUAAACUUAAGUAUGCCCAUGACAUCCUCCAGAAGUAUGACCUCCUUCUCAGUCAACCAAUGAGCACACCUCUGGCUGCCAAACCUCCCCUCACUGCUACUAAUGGUGAGCCACUUGAGAAUCCCACCCUCUUUCGUGAAAUGGUUAGGUCCUUCCAAUACCUUACUAUUACACACCCGAACAUUUCCUUCACUGUUAACACGGUUGCCCAAUUCAUGAGUCAACCUCGCACAACUCAUCUUAUGGCAGCCAAGCGUAUUUUACGCUAUGUUAAAGGUACUCUGGCCUAUGGCCUAUCUUUUCGUCCUCAGCGUCAUCCUGUUACACUUUCGGCUUUCUCUGACGCCGAUUAG